CUGCCGGCUCCAGGCUAGCGGACCCGCACCAUGCCCCGCAUCGAUGCGGACCUCAAGCUGGACUUCAAGGAUGUCCUCCUGCGACCCAAGCGCAGCAGCCUCAAGAGCCGAGCAGAGGUGGAUCUGGAGCGGACCUUCACAUUUCGAAACUCCAAGCAGACCUACUCAGGGAUUCCCAUCAUUGUGGCCAACAUGGACACUGUGGGGACAUUUGAGAUGGCAGCGGUGAUGUCACAGCACUCCAUGUUUACAGCAAUUCACAAGCAUUACACCCUGGACGACUGGAAGCUCUUUGCCACUGAUCACCCAGAAUGCCUGCAGCACGUAGCCGUGAGCUCCGGCAGUGGGAAGCAUGACCUGGAAAAGAUGAGCAGCAUCCUGGAAGCUGUGCCACAGGUUAAGUUUAUUUGCCUGGAUGUGGCCAAUGGCUAUUCGGAGCACUUUGUGGAAUUCGUGAAACUCGUCCGUGCCAGAUUUCCAGAGCAUACCAUUAUGGCGGGGAACGUGGUGACAGGGGAGAUGGUGGAAGAGCUGAUUCUCUCUGGAGCAGAUAUAAUCAAAGUGGGAGUUGGACCAGGUUCCGUGUGCACCACCCGCACCAAGACGGGGGUGGGGUACCCCCAGCUGAGUGCCGUGAUUGAAUGCGCAGACUCUGCCCAUGGCCUGAAGGGGCACAUCAUCUCCGAUGGAGGCUGCACGUGUCCAGGAGAUGUCGCCAAAGCCUUUGGAGCCGGAGCAGACUUUGUGAUGCUCGGAGGCAUGUUCUCGGGCCACACCGAGUGUGCUGGAGAGGUGAUCGAGAGGGACGGGCAGAAGCUCAAGCUCUUCUACGGGAUGAGUUCUGAAACAGCGAUGAAGAAACACGCAGGAGGGGUGGCCGAGUACAGAGCGUCGGAGGGCAAGACCGUGGAAGUGCCUUACAGAGGAGACGUAGAAAACACGAUCCUGGAUAUUCUGGGCGGACUGAGGUCUACCUGCACCUAUGUGGGGGCCGCUAAGCUCAAAGAGCUCAGCAAGCGAACGACGUUCAUCCGUGUGACCCAGCAGCACAACACGGUGUUCAGCUAACCUGGGGGCAGGUGCCGGCUGCUCACGGAAGCUUCCACACGCUGCGUUCACAUCCCCGUCCUUCCGUCCGCCUGGGCUUCGGGCUGCUCCUGAACGGCAGGACGCUGCCUCCCCUGCUGCCGCCCGGAGGCGCUGGGGUCCCCUGGUGCCUCUGCGGGGGCAGGAAGCAGAGCACUGAAAGGGUCAGUGGUCAGAGCCCAGCUGCCCGGAACUCAUAACCUCAUUGUUCAAACUAACACUCGUACCUUUUUCUUUCUUUUUUAAAAAGAAAAUGGUUUCACUUUAAUAUAAUGCUGUUACCUUAAGA